GCACUAAUCAUUAUAAUCUCUAUUUUAAGAUUGUUAUUACGUGUUUUCUGUUAUGUGCAACUCAGCCUACUGCAGUCAAUAAACAACUAUGCUUAUUCACUUGAAGUAUUUUUCAAUUCUUUCGUGUUUCCUGUUCACUACAGUCAUUGGACAAGACCCCAACGUUCACCAUAAAAAGUAUAAAUGUUACAUGUGCGACUACUGUCCAGUAGUAUUAAAUGGAACUCAAGUGAAGACUGGAUGUUAUGCUUGCGCAACUGGUGGAGCAAACAAUGAUGUUAAAAGGGGUUGCUUGACUGACAGAGUUAGACUACCUCCAGGUUUUCCUACAAACAAUUUAGAAAGAUGUUUUGGGGAUUUAUGUAACAAUAAGAAAUCAAUCAACGAAAUUGACAAGCCCGUCAAAUGCUAUGUUUGUAGGCAUUGUACAACUGGCAAUACAUUUGUUGAAAAUGUCUGUGGUGCUUGUGCGACUCGUACAGAAGCAGGAGUCACAAAUAAAUAUUGCCUAAAUAGUUGUCUUGAAAUCACAGUAACUGAUGGAUCGACCUGUUGUACAUCAGAUCUGUGCAAUGGAAAGACAAAGCUACACAUUCAAAAAAGCUCGAUUCUGUUCCUUAUUAUUCUCACAGGAUUAAGUGGAUAUUUUCUUUAGAUCAGUCAACAACAAAGAAAAAUAAUAAUGAACACUGAAUAAUGAAAAAACUGAUCUUCAAUCACUUCGGUUAAUCAAGUUGACUAUUUUGACUGUACUGAAAUCGUAAACAUUUUCUGCUCUCUCUCGCUACUUUUACACUCACUUUAUUUAUUAUUUGAACGUUUUGAAUUCAUGAAGUGAAAAUAUUUCAACGUUUUUUUUUCAUAUAAGCCAUUGUAUAGACAUUUUAUGAUGUGACAGUACAAUACUGACUAUAUAUUUCGUACUUUAAUCAUGAAUAUUUCUUUAGUUGAAUCAUUUCUAUUUUUAACAUGAGGACUUUUGAUAUGUUAGUGUCUCAUUAAAGGAUGCAACCAACAGAAGUUGAGAAUGAAGUAAAAUUAACAAACUG